AUGAACAUCGGUUCUGAUAAACUUCUGUUCCGAAAUACCAACUUGGAGGAUGUCCUCAAUGCCCGAAAACUGGAGCGAGACUCGCUUCGAGAUGAGUCCCAAAGGAAGAAGGAGCAGGACAAGCUGCAGAGAGAGAAGGACAAAUUAGCCAAGCAGGAGCGCAAGGAAAAGGAAAGGAAAAGGACACAAAAAGGGGAACGAAAGCGAUAA